GGGGUGGCGGGUUACAGAAGUGCAUCAUGGAACAGUGAGCCUAGUGAAACGAAAGGCUGCCUAGUGUGGUGUGCAGCCCUGCUAUUCACACGCCUACUGCCUUGAGCUUCAGUCGCUUAUGGAGGACAACCCUGAAAAUGUCUCGUCUGCUGCCGACAAUGUGACUGAGCCAACGUCGGCCCCCGACGACCUGACCGAGCCGCCCUGCACCCCUAACGAUGUGACGGACCCCCUGGACAUCCGAGACGAAGAGGCACAGCUGAGGAUGAAGCCGCAAGUGGAGCUAGAGAACCUCCACCGCGGCCUGGCCAACACGGAGGGGGAGAUGGACACCUGGGUCCAGAUGGAGCAGCCAAGCCACAAGCAGGCCCGCGCCCUGGCGACUCAGCUGGAGAAGAUGCGCCUAGACAUGGAGCUCACCAUGACCAGGUACCGCUACGAAGACAAGGAGAAGCAGCGGCAGCAUGAAGAGAAGAUGGAAGCCAUGCGCCAGCAGGCACUGUCAACGGCACAGCCUUCUGGGGGAAGCCACCAUUUCCUUUUACCUCAGGACCAGUUCACCUUGUUCCUGUACUGCUUCAUCUUCAUACACGUCAUCUACAUAGCGAAGGAACUGGUGUUCUUCUUCAUUAAGAAGCACGAGAUGUUCGCCAUCGGUGUCAUCCUCAUAUGUGCCAUUAAAAUAUUCUGGAAGUAAGAGUCUUUGGCAUGUAUGGCUCACAGGGCCCCGGCAGUGCACCCAGAACCAGCAUUUUCACAGACUUUUAUUUAAUGCAACCUUCCUCUUUGCAGCCCGGUCGUCAAUACCCACAACACAUGCACAAAAUGUAAGCCUACCCCAUGCACUGCAAAAAAACCCCAGUUCUGUCAAUCUUUCUCUGCCCCCACUUUACACACAUGUGCGACACAAUAAAGCAUGCAGACGAAGCACCCUGAUGUACUUUUAAUUGAGUUUUAAU